GAGAAGUUUGAGUGACAGGUGCUCGGGGGUAAUCCAUCAAUCAUUAGGGGUACAAAUAGCUGACGCGGAGAGGAUUUUCAUUUCAGUCCCAAACUUGUCAGCAUGGAGCUCUACCUGAUCCUCACAACUGUAGCUCUCGCCGCCAUUCAGGGCGUGUCCGGUGAUUGUCAGACGGAUGCCUACUGUUCGAGUGGUCAGUGCUGCUUCCGGACGUGGCGUUUUUCUGCCGGGAUUUGUUUGAUAAGGGAGCUCUUCACACAGUACUGCAACAGUCCGUCCAAACCCUGCACGAGACAGGCGGUUUGCGGAUUUCACGAAUGCUGUAAGGAGACUUCUCCCGGAAGUGCGACAGGAGUAUGUACGCCUCACGGCCUUGAGAAAAGCAGUUGUAACUUGACCCCGAAUACCAACACCCCCGUCGACGCCAUGUGUGCUUGCGAGGUGGGCUUCACCUGCACACCGAACCCCGACGCUCCCGACUCACACCAAGGAACGUGUGCGUCUCCAUUAACUCGCAGGUGUCAGGCUCAUAGUGAUUGUCCUGAGAAAAAGUGCUGCACCAGAUUCGGCGGCCACGCUGUCUGCACCACCCCCUCUGGCCACAAUGGAAAGUGUCCUACAUAGACUGGUGUUGUCGACGAACCAUUUUACACCUCAUCUUGUAAUAAAUCAUGCAUACCACA